GCAGCUGUGGUAUUUGGAGCAAGUAUAAAUAGCCGCCUGGACGGAGCUUGGCCAAACAGGGCUUUGCAGCUGCAGCGGCUGUGCAGGCGGGACUGGCCACUGUUGGCCACGGUGGGUGCAAACUGGGCAGGGAGACAGGCGGUGGACAGGCACGGCCCCUGGGCUCUGACCUGACACCCCUCGCCAUCACAUCUCUGGAUGCCUUCUCGGCCAGCCAUGCUGCUGAGUGGCCUCCUCCUCAUUGUGGCCACCACGACUGUGGCCCAGCGGAGGGGGCAGGAGGCCGGCGGGCGCCGCCGGGCACACCGAGUCCAGCAUGGCCAGUGCAGCUACACCUUCGUGCUGCCCGAGCCUGAGCCCUGCCCGCCGGAGCCCGAGGCCUUCGGGGGCUCCAACAGCCUCCAGAGGGACUCCCCGGCAGCCGCACUGAACCUAGGGGACUGGCCGACCCAGCGGGUACGACAGCUGGAAAAAAUGCUAGAGAACAACACACAGUGGCUGCAGAAGCUAGAAAGGUACAUCCAGAUGAACCUGAGGUUGGAGCUGGCGCAGGCCCAGCAGCACAUGGUCCAGAACCAGACAGCCACCAUGCUGGAGCUGGGCACCAGCCUCCUGAACCAGACCACCGCCCAGACCCGCAAGCUGACCGACGUGGAGGCUCAGGUCCUGAACCAGACAUCGAGAAUGGAGAUCCAGCUUCUGGAGACGUCACUGUCCACCAACAAGCUGGAGAGGCAGCUGCUGCUGCAGGGCCACGAGCUCCACCGGCUGCAGGGCCACAACAGCGCGCUGGAGACGCGGGUGCAGGCCCUGGAGACGCAGCAGCAGGCGGAGCUGGCCAACCUCCGCGGCGAGAAGGAGCGGCUGCGGCGCCUGCUGGGCCGCCAAAGCGGCGCCCUCGCCGGCCUUGAGCGCAGCCUGCGCGCCGCCAGCAGCAACUCCAGCCUCCUGCAGCGCCAGCAGAGCCAGCUGCUGGAGUCGGUGCAGCGCCUGGUGCGCGUCGUGGCCCAGGGCCCGGCCUCCAUGAGGGCAGCUGAGCAGGUGUUCCAGGACUGUGCAGAGAUCCAGCGCUCCGGAGCCAAUGCCAGUGGCAUCUACACCAUCCAUGUGGCCAAUGUGACAGAGCCCAGAAAGGUAUUCUGUGACAUGGAGGCCAGUGGAGGUGGGUGGACCCUCAUCCAGCGCCGUGAGAAUGGCAGCAUGAAUUUCCAACGGAACUGGAAGGAUUACAAACAGGGCUUUGGCAACCCAGCCGGGGAGCACUGGUUAGGUAACGAGGUGGUGCACCAGCUCACCAGCAGGGCAGCGUACUCUCUGCGCGUGGAGCUGCAAGAUUGGGAAGGCAACGAGGCCUACGCCCAGUAUGAGCAUUUCCAGCUGGGCAGCGAGGGGCAGCUGUACAGGCUUUCCCUGAGUGGGUACAGCGGCUCGGCGGGGCGCCAGAGCAGCCUGGUCCUGCAGGGCACCAACUUCAGCACCCGCGACGCAGACAACGACAACUGCCUCUGCAAGUGCGCCCAGAUGCUGUCCGGAGGAUGGUGGUUUGAUGCCUGCGGCCUCUCAAACCUCAAUGGCAUCUACUACCCGGCCCGCCACCACGUGCGCAAGCUCAACGGCAUCCGCUGGCACUACUUCCAAGGCCCCAGCUACUCGCUGCGUUCUACUCGCAUGAUGGUGCGUCCCACAGACAUCUAAGGAGCAGCCCUCCUGGAGGCUGGCCCCGCAGGAGGACCUGGAUGUGGUAUCCUCUGAACAAGCUGGACCCAAACACAGGACACAACGCCAGGACCUCGUCCUGGACACCCUGGGUCCCCUGAGCCAGCCCUCCUUACCCCAGGAGUCCAGAAGAGUCACCUCCCUCCCUUUUUCCCUCAAGUUGUGAAAUGGUGGGUGUUUGGGGGUUCCUGCCUCUUCAUUGUCCCUAUUUCCUCUUCUCUCCUGCCUCCUGCAGGGCCCUCCGGCCAGCUUGAGGGUCGCAGUACCCUGGAUGAGCUGAGAACAGAUUUAACUGGGCUCCUCAAAGGAAUACACGACUAGUGGUGGGAUGUGAGGCAGGCGGAAAGGUAUUUACAGGCGGGAAACUGCCCAGAUGGAGGCCCAGAGUCUGUCCCUGGGUUGUUGGGAAGGCCAUCUCUUGUUCCAAGCUUUCUCAGCCUUGAGAUGUCCUUGAACUUUCUGUUCAGGACUGAAGGAGCUGCAUCCACCCUAUAACGGGAGUUAUUUCCGCCCACAUUGUCCACCACUCCUAGGCCCCAGCAUCUAAAGCUCAGAUGUGGUUUCUCAGGGGCUCCAGGAGAUCUAAGAGGGAUUCCUUUACCCCUUGAAUGUCCUAGAAUAUAUUCCAGAGAGAAUAACUAGGACUCCCCUCUAAAAGUACCUGUGGUCAAGUGAGGGAGGGAAACACCAGGUUAAAUCAACGUGAACCGGCAUUCUUAGCUGCAGGCCUUGUCAGGGCCAUUAGUGUGGUCAUGUGCUUAGUGACUGCCCAUGAAAGGGCUAGAGUAGGCAGCUUUCCCCAAAUUUAUUUAUUUGAAAAUGGGCCCUGAUUAUCCCAGAGCAUCUCUCAGGGCUGUGGAUACCCUUGGAAAAAGCUGGUCCUCAUAUGUCAUGAGCUGAAACCCCAGGUCACUAUCCCCAGCCUCAGCUGCUUUCACCAUUUCUAGCUACGAGGGCCACAGUGACAUUCUCAGCCGCUAAAAACAACUGGAAGGAACCUUUGGGUUAAAACAGAUACACCGUCGCUGAAGAAGGGUCUAUAACUAAGUUUCCUGUCUGUGCUCCAAGGCUUCUCUGUCCGUAGGAAGCCAGAUCUCUGUCCGGGGGCUGCCCUCAGCACUCCGUGUGACCCCAGCUCAUACCAGCUCAAGUUCAGGGGCUCUUGGGGCCCACUCUGCCUCGAACAGGACACCAAUAGCUGGGUCCAGAUCCCUCCCGCCUCCAAGGCAGAGCCCCUAGCCUCCUCUUGCCUUGUCCAACAGUGAUGCUGCAGCUAGGGCUCCAUGGAGACUGGGCCUUUGCUGAGUCUGGGAGACCACGGGCUUCUCAUGAACUUUUUUCAGAGAGGGGCCACAGCCACUCUGCCACCCAGUCCCAUUACUGUGUCACCCUCCUCAGACCUGAUGAGGCCACCAAAGUCCUGUCGUCCUCAGCCAACACCCGGACUCAGCCCACGGCCGACCUGCCCUACCGCCAGGUUGCACCUCUGUCUUCAGAAGGUUUUCUCCUGGAUGGGGCUGCACGGUGGAAAUGGGGCACCUUCAUCCCACUGGGCUCUGCCCCCUCCCCUGGGUCCCACCUCGGCCAAUCCACUGAUUAAACCCAGCACAGAUUAAUGCUGAUCUCCUUCAGGGAAUCCAAAGGAUGUGGUUGCUAAUGGUGACUUCAGGCAGGAGGGAAAAGUACUUAGGGGCAGGUGGCUGCCCAGGAGGCUGACACCGCCCUACCCAGCAUUUGCUCGGCCAGCCUUUAUUCAGUGUCUACGGUGUACAGUGUGGUGCUGUCGGCAGGACUUAGGAGUCAGACAGCCCUGCUGCAGCUCUUGAACUUGAAGCCAGUGGCUCAGCCUCUCAAGGCCUCAAUCGUCUGGUCUGUGAAAUGGAGAUGGUGAUAUUCCCUCCUUGCUGUGAUGGGGCAGGAGGAAAUGAGACCUUGUAUUGCAACUUCUUAACAGAGCCUGGCAUGAAACAGGUGCCUAAUAAAUGUUAGUUCCCAAAGAGGUGCAUGGGGUGGAGAAAUCGGCCCCCUAGCGCAUGCCACCCCUUCUUCUGGACCCAGGGAAGGUAAGCAUUUUAUUUUUGUAUCUACAGCAUUUAUUUUUGUGCUACAAGUGUGUAGGCAAUGCUGUGUGCCCCGGGAACAGAGCUCCUCUGGGUGGGGUGAAGUCCCAAAUCCCUGUCUGCACUCCAGUUGUCUGAGAAGACCAAGAAGCCGAUUUGGGUAACGCUCACACACCUGUUCUUUAAAAUAUCCAUCCUUCCUUCUUACUUUCCUUCCUUCUCUGUGCCAGGACUCUCAAGUGCAAGGGAUAGAAACCUUAUCCUGAGGAAUGGAUUGACUCACAUACAGGGAGUCUAGGGAUGGACUCAGAUGUGGUUAGAUCCAGGUGCUCAAGUGAUGUCCCUCUCCACCUCUCAGACUUGCCCUCCACCAUGCUGACCUCAUUCUCAGUCACGUUCUCUCCUGAAAGAUGGCUCCAGCAGCCCCAGGGUUGUGGCCUGCCUGCUCAGCAUCCUUCAGACAGAAAGCUCCCCUGUCCCAGGGAUUCCAGCAAAGGCAGGAUUCCUUCCAGCCAGGACUGGUUCUGUGUCCAUCCCUGUGCUUAUCACUGUGAUUCUGGUUGACGAGACCUGGGUCACACUAUCAUGCCUGGAACCAGGGGGUGGAGUUAGUUCCCUCCAAGUAGUGUGGACUGGCCUUGGGGAAACUAAGGAGCCACUUUAGGAAGCAGGGAUGCUGGGCAGGCAAGAACAGAGGUUCACUUUUUCUCUUUCCAUCUCUCAGACUCCCAUCUCUCUUAUCUCCAUCUCUGCCUCUUCUCCUAGCCUCCCUGCCCCCAAGGCCUGCCCCUCAGGCUCCAGCUAAUCCCUGGUUUGCCCCAGACUAUCAAGGACACUGCUGUGUUCUGCCCAGAGGUGUCAGACCCUGGUUCGCAGUACAGGCUCUGUCACUGGAGCAGAGCCCCUGCCCUCUCUAAGCCUCCAGUUCUCAUCUGUGCUGUAAGGAUGGAGCACCCACAAACAUCUAAAAGAGAGCAACGCUGACUCACCGUGGCUGCAGACAUGAACAGCUAAAGGAUUCUGGGUGCACAAGGCCCUAGGGGGCCUGGCUGGUGAGGUCUUGGCCUUGGGUGGGUCUCCUGGAGGCCACCGCUUGCAGGAACCGGCUUCUGAGAUACCUACAUCUGCAGGUUCCUAUGUAGAAUCCUUGUCCCCUCUCCCUGAAUCAGACCAGCGUUCCCCCAUUUUAGUAAUGAAGAAAUUAGAACUCAGAGAGGGAAAGUUUCAUCCGAGAGGCACAGCCAGUCACCACCUCCAGUGCACUUGCACCUAUCAGCUGCCUCCCUCGUCCAGAGCUCUCUGGAGGCACCUUGGCACCGACCACAAAAAUGCUGGAGUGGUGUCCCCUCCACCUAUAUCAAGGGCUGAAGGAACUUUCUGGAAAGUUUUCCAAGACUAAUCUGUCUUUCCCACUGGCACCUGGUAGGUCCCGAUGGAGCCAGGCAGGCAGAAUGCAUUCUUCCCACGAUCUCUGCACGUUCGCAGCAAAGGCAGUUGCCACACUGGGGGAGAGAGUUCACUGAGCACAGCCUAGAGACAACAAUCAUGGAUGGGGUAGGAGGUGGCCCUUUGCAGGGGGCAGGGGAUAAGUCAGCAUCAGGAUGGUUUGUCCUGCUGGCUGGGUGAUUUAAUCCCUUUUUCCAGA